UCUGCAGUGCCUGCAGCGCCAAGACGGGGCGCUCCGGGUGCUGGGCUCCUGGGGGACCGGGGCCACCCCAUCCCCGCCUCCUCCGCCUUUGGAAUGCUGCUGAACCCUGUCACCUCCACCCCCUUCUCGGUCAAUGACAUCCUCAGGCUGGAGCGAGAGCAGAUUGAUUCCGAGUCCGUGCAACUCCGGGGGACACAGAAGAUCCCUGAAAGCUUUCAGUGUCUGCGAUUUGUUCCAGAACCGCGAAAGGCAGAGGUUCCCAGCACCUGCAGGGCCGGCUGCGGCGACAGCGGCAGAAGACAGGACGAGUUGGGGUCUCCUGGUGGUCCCUGUGAGACAGUCACGGACAUGGACGCGGAACGGGUCGGGGAGCCAGAGCCGGGCCUCAGCGCAGCCCCGCCCCUCCACAGCGGGACCAGGGGUCCGGAGCGCUGCGUUGGCGACGUUGGCAUCGGCGCGCGCGGGAACAGCAUGGAGCAGCCCAAGGCGCGGCAGCGGCGGAAGCCGCGCGUGCUUUUUUCGCAGGCGCAGGUUCUGGCGCUGGAGCGGCGCUUCAAGCAGCAGCGGUACCUGUCCGCGCCCGAGCGCGAGCACCUGGCCGGCGCGCUGCAGCUCACGCCGACGCAGGUCAAGAUCUGGUUCCAGAACCGGCGCUACAAGUGCAAGAGACAGCGCCAGGACAAGUCCCUAGAACUGGCGGGCCACCCCUUAGCGCCGCGCCGAGUGGCGGUGCCCGUGCUUGUGCGGGAUGGCAAGCCCUGCCUGGGUCCCGGCGCACCGGCCUUUUCCGGCCCUUACAGCGCGGCCGCGGCGCCCUAUUCCUGUUACGGCGGCUACGCGGGCUCUCCUUUCGGGGCCGGCUACGGUGGUGGCUACGCGGGUGCGUCCCCGGGUCCCGUGGCGCCCGCACCUCUGGCCCGCGCCGGCUUCGCUGUGGGUGGCCCCAGCGCCAGCCCGCAGAGCCCUCUGCCCGCCCCGCUGCAGGGUGUCAGGGCCUGGUGA